UGGCUACGUUGGCACCGACAGCAGCACCAGCAAACAAUGUCGACGACGCGUCUCUCGUCUACCAUGUCAACCUUCUUCUCAUCGCCCUCGUCGCUCUAUUCAUAGUAAUCAAGCUUCCCCGGGCUCUUGCCCUCUUUGGAACCAAAUCUGAAUGGCUCAAUGGCCACAUCCUACGCUACGUUCCCUACAAGCCUUCCCGUCGUGUCGUACAGGCAAUCCACUGCGCCUAUCCGCCUCCAGACUCCAAGGAAUACUCGUCCGACGACUCACACACUCUUUACACUCAUGCCCGUCAUGCCCAACGCCUCACCGAGAACGGCGCACCAGUUGCGAUGCACUUCCCUCCCCAUGUGCCGUCGUGUAUGAAGCCCUUGCGCCCCCUCCUUACGCCCCUACGUUCGAGAAUAUCCCCUGGGUUCUCGGUUGCCCAGCUUCUCCUUCUCCUAAUUUACUUCUACGCCCUCGUCUAUGCCGGGUUCUAUCGAUCCAACAUCUUCACCGACACCGCUCGCACCGGCUGGAUUGCCGUUGCGCAGAUGCCUAUUGUCUAUGCUUUCGCCCAAAAGAACAACGUUCUGGGCUCCCUUCUUGGUUAUGGAUAUGAGAAGGUCAACUUCCUGCACCGGUUUGCCGGAAGGAUGGUCAUUAUUGCUGCCAAUGUCCAUUCUUUGCAUUACUGCUUCAAGUGGUCCCUUGAGGGGACCUUUAAGCAAUCUAUGAAACGACCCAAUGCCCUCUGGGGCUUGAUUGCCCUCCUCUGUCUCGACGCACUCGCCUUCUUUUCAACCGCAUAUUGGCGCAAGAAGGCCUACAACCUAUUCCUCUCCACCCACAUUAUCAGCCUCAUCAUUGUUCUCCCUGCUGCAUACAAGCACAAGCGAACUGUGCUGCCGUACAUCCUCGCCUGUGUCGCCAUUUACCUCUUCGACCGUCUGUUCCGUGUGAUCAAGUCUCGUAUCACCAUCGCCCACAUCCGCCCGUUGCCCGAGCUUGACCUCACCCGAGUCGAGAUUCCUUCGAUCAACGCUGGCUGGCGAGCGGGACAGCACCUCCGUCUCCGCGUCCUCUCUCUCCAGAUGGGAUACUUAGGAUGGGCCGAGUCGCACCCUUUCACUAUCGCCAGCAUCAGCCAGAACGGACCAGACGGGGUGGUGCUCAUGUGCAAGCGCGCUGGCGGGUGGACCCGCAAGCUCUACGAAAUGGCCAAGCUGGGAGGAUACACCGAGGGAGGCAUCGGGCGCAACGUCAAAGUCAUCGUCGAGGGGCCUUACGGCGGACCCGGGCACACCAUCUUCUCCUCGUUCUCCGCAGCAGUUUUCGUCGCCGGAGGGAGCGGGAUCACGUAUGCGAUCUCGGCCAUCCAGGACCUCGUGCAGAAGGACCUCCGGGGCGAGAGCCGCGUGAAGGUUAUUGAGCUCGUGUGGACCGUACCCGACCCGGCGUGCCUCGUACCGCUGCUCCCGACUCUGACAGCGCUCGCGCACCAGUCCGUGUUCACCCCACUGCGCAUCAGCGUGUUCUAUACGCGGGCCCCGACGGGCAAGCAGCCGGCGUUCUUCAGCUAUGCGGAUGCGUCCCCUGUCGUGGCUGGCUCUCCCACGUGCUCUACGCCGACGACGCCAGGCUAUUUUCCCCCUGGCUUGACGCUUGCUCCUGGUCGCCCUCGAUUUGGUAAGAUGUUCGAGGGCGCAAUCCAAAGGGCGGUUACUUUGGGAAAUGGCGUGAAAGACGAUGAACGAAUCACUGGGAUGGUGGUUGGUGUGUGUGGGCCUGUUGAGCUGGCCGAUGACGUAGCAAAGGCUGUUGGUGCCAUUGACCCCACCCGGAGGGAUCAGGUUGGAGGAGUUGAGAUUUGCGAAGAGGUUUUCGGUUGGUAGU